ACCCCUGACUGUAGCUCUUGCAGAGAGAAAAAUUCACCGCAAGCAGAGCACCUUCUAGAUUGCUCCUGGUGCGUGGAGACAGAAGUCUCUGCUGUCCACGUUACUGAAUCCAGAAAAAAAAAUGACCUUAUGAACAUGGGAAAAGAAAUCCAGCUACGGCCCAAGGUGAACGUGUCUUCUUACAUCCACUUUUUGCUGAAUUACAGGAACAAGUUCAAGGAGCAGCAGCCAAACACCUACCUGGGCUUUAAAGAGUUCUCUAGAAAGUGCUCAGAAAAAUGGAGGUCCAUCUCGAAGCAUGAAAAGGCCAAAUACGAAGCCCUGGCCAAGCUCGACAAAGCCCGAUACCAGGAAGAAAUGAUGAAUUACGUGGGCAAGAAGAAGAAGCGGAGAAAGCGGGACCCCCAGGCGCCCAGGCGGCCCCCCUCGUCCUUCCUGAUCUUCUGUCAAGACCACUAUGCCCAGCUAAAGAGGGAGAACCCCACCUGGUCAGUCGUGCAGGUGGCGAAGGCCUCGGGGAGGAUGUGGUCCGUGACGUCAGGUGCCGAGAAGCAGCCGUACGAGCAAAGAGCAGCUGUCCUGAGGGCCAGGUACCAGGAGGAGCUGGAGGUCUACCGUCAGCAGCGUAACACCAGGAAGGGCCUCCAAGGGUCGCCUAAGAACGAGCGCAGAGGGAAAGCCGACCCGGACAGAGCCGACGGGUCCAAUUAGAAAUAAAGUGCCGUUCGACUGUGUCGCCCAUC